AUGUGGACCAGCAACCAGAGCUCCUUGGAAGGCUUUGUUCUCCUGGGCUUUUCUGAUCGCCCUUGGCUAGAGAAACCACUAUUUGUUAUCUUUCUAGUGGCCUAUAUAUUUGCACUCUUUGGCAACAUCUCCAUAAUACUUGUUUCUCGCCUAGAUCCCCAGCUUAACAGCCCAAUGUACUUCUUUGUCUCCAACCUUUCCCUGUUGGACCUCUGCUAUACCACCAGCACUGUCCCACAAAUGCUUGUCAACCUCUGGGGCCCAGAGAAAACCAUAAGCUAUGGUGGUUGUGUUGCUCAACUCUACAUCUUCUUGGCCUUGGGUUCAACUGAGUGUAUCCUAUUGGCCAUAAUGGCCUUUGACCGCUAUGCUGCCAUUUGCAAACCCCUUCACUACCCAGUCAUCAUGAAUCAGAGGCGUUGUGUGCAUAUGGCAGCUGGGACGUGGUUUAGUGGGUUUGCUAAUUCCCUGGUCCAAUCAACACUCACAGUAGUGGUCCCAAGAUGUGGCAGGAAAAUUUUGGACCACUUCUUCUGUGAGGUGCCUGCCCUGCUGAAAUUAGCCUGCACUGACACCCAUGUAAAUGAGGCUGAACUCAAUGUGCUUGGUGCCCUGCUUCUCUUGGUGCCCCUUACCCUUAUAUUAGGUACCUAUGGCUUCAUUGCACAAGCAGUGAUGAAAAUCCGUUCAGCUGAAAGCCGUUGGAAGGCUUUUAAUACUUGUGCCUCUCACCUACUGGUAGUCUCCAUGUUUUACUUCACAGCCAUUAGUAUGUAUGUCCAGCCCCCCUCGAGCUACUCCCACGAUCGGGGCAAAGUUAUGGCCCUCUUCUAUGGGAUUGUCACACCCACCCUCAAUCCUUUCAUUUAUACUUUGAGAAACAAGGAUGUCAAGUCUGCCCUACGGAGGGCACUGACAAAGGAGUUUUGGGUCAAGGUAAGGUAA